UGUAGCAGUUUAUUAGCUAGAGAACGGAGCUGAGUUCACGUCAGAAUAAUGAGCAGUAAAUAUUUCAGUUCUGAUUGAUUAACAUCACAUUUACCGAUGCAGUCUGGAGUGACAUUUAGCGUCCUACGUGGGUGGGUGCGACUCUGUGGGUGUUCAUCAUCCCGUCCAUGGAGCACACAAUGGAGAAGAUGCUACAGUUUCCUUAAAGAUGAUGUUAAGUCUCCUCGAGCUGUGGUCAGCCCAGACAUCUCAAAAAUCCGUAACAUUGGCAUUAUGGCCCACAUAGACGCUGGGAAAACCACUACAACCGAGAGGAUGCUUUACUACUCUGGAUACACACGUGCCCUUGGAGACGUGGACGAUGGGGACACUGUGACCGACUACAUGGCCCAGGAGAGAGAGCGCGGGAUCACGAUCCAGUCAGCCGCGGUCACAUUCGACUGGAAGGAGCACAGGAUUAAUCUCAUCGACACACCAGGCCAUGUGGAUUUUACUCUGGAGGUGGAGAGAGCUCUGCGUGUGCUGGAUGGAGCAGUGGCUGUGUUUGAUGCCUCAGCUGGCGUGGAGGCACAAACUAUGACGGUGUGGCGACAGGCAGAAAAACAUGAAAUACCCUGUGUGUGCUUUCUUAACAAGAUGGAUAAAUCAGGAGCCAGCCUGAGUUACUGUGUAGAGAGCAUCAAGACAAAACUGAAGGCCAACCCUGUUGUCCUCCAGCUUCCGAUUGGCUCAGGAAAAGACUUCACUGGAUUGGUGGAUUUGAUCACCAAGCAGCAGAUUACGUGGCAGGGCAAGUCCCGGGCCGAGGACGGGCGAGUUUUUGAGACGAGAGAAGUCCAGACUGCUGAUGACCGGAUGACAGAAUUCCAUGAAGAGGUCAUCCAGGCCAGAGCAGCACUUAUAGAGCAGGUUGCAGAUCUGGAUGAUGAGUUUGCUGAGUUGCUUCUGAGUGAAUAUGGAGAGAACUUUGAUGCAGUACCUGCUGAGAAGUUGCAAGAGGCUGUAAGGAGAGUAACUCUGUCUCGCAAAGGAGUGCCUGUGCUGUGUGGAAGCUCUUUAAAAAAUAAAGGAGUUCAGCCUUUACUAGACGCCAUCACAGCAUACCUCCCCGCACCUGAUGAAAGGAACCAUGACCUGGUGCGCUGGUACAAGGAUGACUUGUGUGCCCUGGCAUUUAAGGUGGUCCAUGACAAGCAGAGAGGUCCACUGGUGUUUCUGAGGAUCUACUCCGGCUCUAUGAAACCUCAGUCGGCAGUGUACAACAUCAACCGGAAUGGAACCGAGAGAAUGAGUCGCCUGUUACUGCCAUUCGCAGAUCAGCAUGUUGAAAUCUCCUCACUUCCUGCAGGCAACAUCGCCCUCACCGUGGGCCUUAAACAGACAGUGACGGGAGACACCAUUGUUUCAUCCAAAGCCUCGGUGGCAGCUGCUACACAGAGGGCGCAACAAAGUGGAAAGAAAGGGACAGGAAGUCUGGUACUGGCAGGGGUCGAGGUGCCUGAACCUGUCUUUUUUUGCUCUAUAGAGCUACCUUCCAUGGCCAAACAAGCAGAUCUUGAGCAUGCUCUGAACUGCCUUCAAAGGGAAGAUCCCAGUCUAAAAGUCAGGACCGACCCUGACUCUGGACAGACAGUUCUGUGUGGUAUGGGGGAGCUUCACAUCGAGAUUCUACACGAUCGCAUUAAGAGAGAGUACAACCUGGAAACACACCUCGGACCCCUACAGGUAGCCUACAGAGAGACCAUCCUCCAAUCAGCAACCACCACAGACACUCUGGAUCGCACACUGGGUGAAAAGAGACAUGUAGUGACUGUAGAGCUGACUGUAAGCCCACAGGAGGAAUCUGACGCUCCGGGCGCUUCCUGUCAUUUAGCCUAUGAGGAGGAGGUGAAGGCUCAACUUUCUGCUGACAUUAAAGAGGCAGUGGAUACUGGGGUUCAGAGUGCCUAUCUUCAGGGUCCCAUGCUGGGUUACCCUGUGCAGGGGGUGAGCACAGUGAUCCACAGUGUGUGUAUAGAACCCGGUACAUCUCUAGCCAUGGUGUCCGCCUGUGUGUCCCGCUGCAUGCUUAAGGGGCUGAAGCAGGCAGGAGGGCAGGUGUUAGAGCCUGUAAUGUCACUAGAGGUGAUGGUAGGGGAGGAGUAUUUGAGCUCUAUACUCGGUGACCUUGCUCAGCGCAGAGGAUCGGUGCAGGACAUCCAGAGCCGCCAUGACAACAAGGUGCUUUUGGCCAUCGUUCCCCUGGCAGAGAUGAUGGGCUACUCCACCGCUCUACGCACUUUGACCUCAGGAAAUGCCACCUUCUCACUUGAGCUUUCCAGAUAUGAACCAAUGAACCCUCAGGACCAGAACACAUUACUCAACAAGAUGGCUGGACUGGCCUAGUUUACAGUGACUGGACAAGGCUGGGUCACUUUGGGGGUAAAAACAGACAGUUAGCUUUGUGGACUUAAUGUUUUAUUUAUUCAUUAAUAAAAUCAUGAAAUAUUUCUUCAUAUUAAUAAAAUUACCAUUUUCCCAGA